CAACGACACGUCUCGUGUAGAGCGUUUUUCAAAUUACGGAAAUCGAAGAUGAGUGGUGGGAGGAAGUCCUUCAUCACUUUCCUGAAAACGCUGUCAUUGAAAGUUUUAGGUCCUUUAUUACAUUUUUUAACAAAAUUUCCAUGGCAGGUCAAAAUAAAUACUGUACAUGAAGCUUACUUGCAAUUCCUGCAAGUUGUAUCAAAUACUUGCUGUAGCUUGCCGAAUGCACUGCUCAAUUGGUGCAAUGUCUGUGGAGUCCAACGUAUUUCUUGCGUAUUGAUCGUUUGCAUGAGAUGAAUAUUUGCUUGGGUAGUCAACUUCUGGUAAACAAUGUACUGUGAAGACUUGGCGAGGUCUACCCUUUUCUCUCCAAGAUCUGUGUAGAACGUCCACUCCUCGUGUGGUGCUACAAAAAGAAUCUGUUCGAUUACACCGGCGUUUUCCACCAUUAGCAACUUUUGGGUGAAAACGAUUUGCUUCUCGAACAGAACACCGUAUCGUAGAAAGUUUCCUUCAUUCCAGUUCUCACAAUCAAUCAUGGAUUCGACGGUUUCCACGACUUGCACAUCAAGCUGUUCCUCUUGGAACACAGCGCGUAGGCGGUUCAAAGGCUCGAUCUGA